AUGCCCUUUAAGUUCGUCCGGAAGAGGAAACUGAAAAAAAUCGACGUUAAAGUAACGGACGCCAGUAGCAGUCCCAGAUCAAGCCAAUAUAAAAACUCGGUGUGCGAUUACAUGUACAGUUAUUGUUGGUUAAUUUUAACCCUAGCCCACGGGUUGUCUGCCCCGUUUUACGUGCUCCACACCAACCUGCCCCAAAAGUACACCGAUGGACUUUUUAAGUAUAAACUAGACCCUAUACUACAGAAUAAAACUAUCAAGGGGAAUUUCGAUAACGAAACCAAACAGUCUAUCUCUAUGAAAAUAAUUAAUCCGUUAUUGGUCACCUUGAUGAGUCUCGGGUCCAGAUUCAUCAGCUUGUACACGAUUAAUUCGAACCUCACUCGGUUCCUUCUAAAACUGUACCGCGUUGAUGUGUCUCUGUGUUUCAUGACGGAUUUUCGGUACUACAUCAACCACACGAAGCAUCUGAACACAGCCGUUGGACUUGUUUUCUAUUUCAUCAUUUUUGGACUCCCGGUAAACUUCCAGUACAUGCUCAAUGUUGCCGAGAUCAACAAUGAGCUUGGAAUCACUUGGUGCUUAAUUUUGGUGCUGUAUAAUUUGGCAUCCUUCUGUAGCGAUUUGCAAUUCAUUUUCUUCGCCUAUGCACUUCGAGUUCGCUUCGAGUUCAUAAGCCUCAAUUUGGAGAUCUUCAUCCCUCCGAACAGGAUAGAGAUGAGGAACAACCAUCUUUUCCUUGCGCAACCCAACAAGAAACCAGCAAAAGCAGGGGCAUAUUUACGUCAUCCGUUUCUCUCGAAAGAUAUUCGAAAAGUAGACAAUUUGAAAAAGUUUCUUCCUGACUCGCCGAGCGACUGCUUUCUAGAUCAAUAUAGAUUGUGCGAUACAAUCGAGAUAUAUCGAGAGUGUCAUCGUCAGCUCUGUGAGCUCCUAGAAUUUUUAAAUUCGAUGUACCAGUUUCACUUGUUGAUUACUCUUGCCGCCUGCUUCCUGAAAGUCUUAUUCAACAUUUAUUUCACGAUGUUCGGGUAUGUGAUUGGAACGGCGAGCAGCCACAGUUCAAAGGAGGAAGCAGAGUACUUAAGGACAAUUCUGUGGAGCACUUAUUACGUCAUGCGAUUUUUGACUCUCAUCAUUUCUGCCUACCUAACGGUGGAUCGUGCGACCAAAACUAGAAUCGUAGUUUCGACGAUAAACAACAGGUUCUUGGAUCCCGACACAAAAGAGGAGCUUAAAUUAUUCGCUAACCAAAUCAGUAGCCGUAAUAUAGAGUUCACGGCUUGCGGAUUUUUUACUCUGAAUACCCAUCUGAUCACAUCGGCGAUUGCAGCUGGAACGACCUACCUCGUGAUCCUGGUACAAUUUCAUUCAGACAAAGAAUAUAAGCCAACAUAUUUCGCCUCUAGUUGUUCUUCUAUCGGCAAAACGAUGCAAUUCCACUUGAUUCCGACAUCGAUAACGAUGGCAUCUCAAAUUUUCGGAGCCUUUCCACUGGAAACCAGCAGUUGGUCACUCACGUUUCCUGGCCUCACGUGCUCUGUUUUUAUGCUCAUCGGAGGACUCACACAACUCUACUAUUCGGGACCAACGAUCAAGCUCUGCGUCCAAGAUGUCCAAAAAUCAUCCACAGACAUGGUCAACUUAAGCUUCGUCGUUCUCAUGAGUCUGUCAAACAUAGGAUCCAAAUUCUCCGCCGUGUUCCUACUCAAGUCCCACCUCCGGAAAAUCUGCUCCAAAGUACGCACGGUCGACGAAUACUUCGAAAGCGUAUACUCCAUGCGAAACAAUAAAUGGGCAGCACUUGGAGCCACGGUGGUUUUCCUAAUCUAUACUUUCGUCAUAACACCGAUCAACAUCUCGAAGCUGAUCCAGUUUUUCAGAAAGGGAUCGCCGUGGGAUACAAUACUUUUCUACGCGUUUCUAUACUUGCAGAAUAUUUCAGCAGCGUGCACCGAGUUGCAAUACAUAUCGCUGGCGUUCAACCUCCACCAGCGUUUCGGGAAGAUCAACAAGGUUUUGAAGAGGAUUUGGUAUAACGUGAAUACCGACGAGUCGGAAAUCAUGCGAUUGGACCUGAACAGUCCUAGGUGCUAUAGUUCAGCUGCUAGGAAAGCGAGAAAAAUUACUCCUAUGAGUAAGCUUCCGUGUGAUUGCACUACCGUGACGGAUUCGUGUGACGGGUUCGAAGCCUUUGAAGACUCCAGCACCUGUUCUGCUACUCAAAGCCGUCAAAUCGAAACGGAGGAAAUUGAAAAUCUGCGUUUUUGCCAUUUGAGCACGCGAGAGGCUCUGAUGGCGAGCUACAAGCUGUACCGGGUUCAGUUUUUCUUCUCUAUUUCGACGUGUUUCUCUCUCACUGUGCUGGAGCUUUAUUACGGUUUCAUCCUGGGGAAGCACGCCCGCCUGAAGCCGAAAAUCGUCUUCUGGCUCCUCCAGUUUUCCUUGCGUUUCUGCGUCCCGACAAUCGCCUCUCAAGCAACAACCAAUGAGGCAAUUUACGGAAGAACACUCAUCGCAAAAAUUUGUAGUAAAAUGAAAGAUCCUGAUUGCGUAGAGGAGCUCAAACUACUUUCAGAUGACAUCAAAAACUGUAACAUGGAAUUCUCGGUUUUCGGAUUUUUCACCGUCAACUCACGUUUAAUCACAUCCGCUAUUGCUGCAGGAUCAACAUACCUGGUCAUACUAAUUCAAUUUUCACAUAAUUCAACUUCAUAACUGGCCUCAAUCAGUCGAAGAAUAUUGGCGGACUGUCUGGUCGAUUAUUUUUUUUUU